UUGUCACGGCCGCGCCCGUGCUAUCGCGUCAAAGCUUUCCGCAUUAAAGCUGCAGCAAUUGUAGUCAUUUAUUGUAAUCCCCUAAUGGGUUAAAAUGCCCAUAAUUUAAAUGUAGUGUAGGGUCCUAAGUGUAAGUAGGGGUACAGGUUUUGACACAUGUGGGAGAACGGUAUAAAGUUCGAUUCCGCUUGGCACAAGCCGGGGUAAUUCGGUGUUUCGGAGUUCUUUGUGCGUCGAAAUGAUACGAGGUUGUAUUGUGAUGUGACGGGGGUACAGCGGGCGACAUGCGGCGCGCACAACGCGGGGUGGCCGCGGCCGGCCUGGCCGCGCUGACAACGCUCGCGGCCUUACUGCUCUCCUGUCCGCCGACCACUGCUGACCCGGACGUAUCUAGCACUACGGAAUUCGAUUCUUCUAAACGCGGCACGAAGAUGUACGGCGACUCAUGCACGUCGGUUGACGAGUGCGGCUUCCAGCAUUCCAUCUGUGACGGAGAGAACUGCCGCUGCGACCCCACCAUGCCUAUUUCAAACGACUUUGAUAAAUGUGCAAAAGCUGCAGGCAUCAACGAAUCGUGCACGUUCAACCAGCAAUGUGAGGCGGCGGUUAUCAAGACGACCUGCCGCAACGAGCGCUGCGUCUGCAUGUACGAAAUGGUUCCAGAGGUUACCGUCGGUGGCGCUAUCAUUUGUAAAUCCCAGAAGCAAGUAGAGGAAUCCACGCAGACCCUCGACCCGGCUAUGAUUGGUGUUCUCGUUGGAAUGGCUCUAAUGUUUGUAAUCAUCUGCGUUGUACUUCGUCUAUUCAGCAGGGCCCGAUGGAGGGAGAACCGAACCAUCUUCAACACACCCAACCCUCGGCUGAUGAAUGUAUCUUUGUUGCGCGACUCCAAACUUCUUCAUGCGCAGGAUCGUCGCGGUUCCCGCGUCAGUAUGCGCCCACCUUCGCGCCAGGCAAGCCAACAGGAGCUAAGACCGCAUUCGCCAAGUCCUGCACGCCAUCACCAAAGCCAUCAGCUACACCGAAAACCCUCAGGAUCUCGUCGUGGAUCUCGGGCGAGCAGUGGACAUUCAGCAUCAUCGUUGAGGUCGGCAACUCUCCGAUCGCCAACUGCCGCAGGACCAACGUCUGUGACUGUGGAAAUUCGAGUACCAGAUAAUUAAACUAUUUUCUGCAAAUCGAAUGCGAGAAUUCAAAAAUAAUUUCAUCUUGGAAUUCAAUCAAAGAUUAAGGAAUGUAUCGGGUAUUAAUACGAUAAAAUUAAAUAAGAACUAAAGUCUUUUUCCAAUUCAAUUUUAAAGACACAAAAUACCCAGUCCAUGUGUUUACAUUCAUUUAGAUAAUUAAAGAAAAAUUAAAAUAAGCUUUCUUAUCAUAAGGGUUUCGCAUUUUAAGCAAUAAUCUUGUGCACUAUUAUAAUAUAAUGCCACAAUUUCAGCCACAAUUUGAAGUGCCUCUAAAUUAUAUGCGUGAAAAAUUUGCCCGCCAUGAAUUAUAUAUUACAUAAGUUAUAUACUUAAGAAAUAAAUGAUAUUAUUAUAAAAUAGAUAUCACAUCACAAUCAAAUAUGAAUCAUAUUAAUUUUAAGCGUAGAACACAAUUUUAAUUCACUGAUGUUAGUUAUAGUUAGGUUAGAAUUAACUUAUUAUUAGCUUAUUUAGCAAUAGGAAAAUUCGCUUUUUGGCAAAAUAAUUAAUAAUUAAUUUAUAAGA